AUGCAGAAUCCUGAGGGCGGAGCCGAAUCGCCGACGUCUGUGGCUUUGCGUCCGACUGCAGCGACCCCAGCACCAGGGCCCCAGCCUGUGCCCACCUCACCGCAGCGGGUGUUGGUCCAGGCCACGGGCUCUGCUCCCAAAGGGGCCCAGAUGCAGCCUGUCUCCCUUCCGAGGGUGCAGCAGGUACCACAGCAGGUCCAGUCUGUGCAGCACGUGUACCCGACCCAGGUGCAGUACGUGGAGGGAGGAGACGCCGUCUACACAAAUGGAGCCAUACGGACGGCCUACGCCUACAACCCCGAGCCCCAGAUGUACGCCCCCAACAGUGCAGCCUCAUACUUCGAGGCCCCAGGCGGCACCCAGGUGACCGUGGCAGCCUCGUCCCCGCCAGCAAUCCCCGCCCACGGCAUGGUGGGCAUCGCCAUGGAUGUCACGGGGACCCCCAUCGUCUCCAGCGCCGGUGCCUAUCUCAUCCACAGCGGGAUGGACAGCGCGAGGCACUCCCUGGCCCACACAUCCCGCUCAUCACCAGCCACGCUUGAAAUGGCGAUUGAAAACCUCCAAAAAAGUGAAGGGAUUACAUCUCACAAAAGCGGUUUACUCAACAGCCAUCUCCAGUGGUUGCUAGACAAUUAUGAAACCGCGGAAGGUGUGAGCCUCCCCCGAAGCUCACUGUACAACCACUACCUUCGCCACUGCCAGGAACACAAGCUAGACCCUGUGAACGCCGCCUCCUUUGGGAAACUGAUCCGCUCCGUGUUCAUGGGCCUGAGAACCCGUCGCCUGGGAACCAGGGGCAACUCCAAGUACCAUUACUACGGGAUCCGCCUGAAGCCUGACUCCCCGCUGAACCGGCUGCAGGACGACACGCAGUACAUGGCCAUGCGACAGCAACCCCUGCACCAGAAGCCCAGGUACCGGCCAGCCCAGAAGACAGACAGCCUCGGGGACAGUGGCUCCAACAGCAGCCUGCACAGCACUCCUGAGCAGGCCAUGGCCGCCCAGAGCCAGCACCACCAACAGUACAUAGACGUCUCCCACGUCUUCCCCGAGUUCCCAGCCCCGGACCUGGGCGGUGUGCUGCUGCAGGGGGACCUCACACUGCGAGACGUCAAAACCCUGCAGCUGGCCUACAGACGGCACUGCGAGGCCACACUGGACGUGGUGAUGAACCUGCAAUUCCACUACGUGGAGAAGCUCUGGUUCUCCUUCUGGAGCACCAGACCCACCUCUGGCGACAGUCCCACCCCCAUACCUGCCAGUGAAGAAGAACAGGAAGGUGCCAUCAUCCCAAAGGACAAGCUCGUUUCUCUGUGCAAAUAUGACCCCAUCCUGAAGUGGAUGCGGAGCUGUGACCACAUCCUGUACCAGGCGCUGGUGGAGACACUCAUCCCCGACGUCCUUCGGCCUGUGCCCAGUACCCUGACACAGGCCAUCCGUAAUUUUGCCAAGAGCUUGGAGGGCUGGUUGACAAAUGCCAUGAGUGACUUUCCCCAACAGGUCAUCCAGACCAAGGUGGGCGUGGUCAGCGCUUUCGCUCAGACUCUGCGCAGAUACACAUCGCUGAACCACCUGGCGCAGGCUGCCCGGGCCGUGCUGCAGAACACAUCCCAGAUCAACCAGAUGCUCAGCGACCUCAACCGCGUGGACUUCGCCAAUGUACAGGAACAAGCCUCGUGGGUGUGCCAGUGUGAGGAGAGCGUGGUACAGCAGCUACAGCAAGACUUCAAACUGACCCUCCAGCAGCAGAGCUCCCUGGACCAGUGGGCCAGCUGGCUGGACAACGUGGUCACCCAGGUCCUCAAACAGCACGCCGGCAGCCCCAGCUUCCCCAAGGCCGCCCGGCAGUUCCUGCUGAAGUGGUCCUUCUACAGCUCCAUGGUAAUCCGGGACCUGACCCUGCGCAGCGCCGCCAGCUUCGGCUCCUUCCACCUCAUCCGCCUGCUCUACGAUGAGUACAUGUUCUACCUGGUGGAACACCGCGUGGCGGAGGCCACUGGGGAGACGCCCAUUGCAGUGAUGGGAGAGUUCAACGACCUGGCCUCCCUGUCGCUGACACUGCUUGACAAAGAGGACAUCGGUGAUGACGGAGGCAGCGAGAUCCACACAGACGCCCACAGCCUGGGCGAGCCGCUGGUGAAGCGCGAGCGCAGUGACCCCAACCACGCCCUGCAGGGCAUCUAG